GUUAAUUAGUUAACGGGUAAAAAAGUGUAUUAUCACAAAAUCAUUAUUGAGUCCACAAAUGGCAAAGAGAUUGUUAGUGUUAAAUGCAUUACCAGUGGUCCGGUUUUUAAUUUAAUGAUGAAUGAAACUAGCCAAGAGCAACCACGUUUUAUAUACCAACAACAGCAACAUGAUCAGUUGCAACAACAACAGCAGCAGCAGUCUCAACAAUUGCAACAUCAUGGUAUUGUUAGACGUGAUGUUUUACCUGCUGGAUUUCAAGAACCAGAAGAUAUCGAAAUUACCACAUCUUUAAUUAAAAAAGCACCCGAGCCCCGUUUGGCUAUUGGUGUUAGUCAAAAUGGUAAACGUGUUACUGGUGAUCUCACUGUCACUCCUGGCACUCCUCUAACCAUGGAAAUUACCUUGGAUCAAGAAUCUGCGCCCAUAUAUGGUUUGGGUGUUAAUUAUUUGGAAGUCACCGAUACCAGACUACUAUCGGAAACUAUUAUCUUCAAGGGCUGCACUGUUGAUCCUUAUCUAUUCGAAAAUUUCAAUACUAUAGAUGGUGAUACCUUGAGUGCUAAAUUUAAGGCUUUCAAAUUCCCCGAUUCUUCGUAUGUUCAAUUCCGCGCCACCGUUAAUGUUUGCUUGGAUAAAUGUCUGGGUACUCAGUGUUCAAAUGGACAAAUUGGUUAUGGUCGUAGAAAACGUGAUACCUCCGAUGCCAUGAUGACUCCUUUGAUGGACACGAAUAAGGUUUAUGAGAUUUCUUUGGCCAUGUUUAUUAAGAUUAAUGAUUUGGAAGGUGUUAAUAGAAACGAAGUCUUGCGCCUUGAAGAAAAACUUCGCGAAUUAAAAUUGGCCAAUCAACGUUUAGCACGCAACAGUCGCGGACACUUUGAGGAGCCUUUGGUGAAAACUUUCGAACAACUGCCUUUAUCGGUGCCAGCAUUUGUGGUCGAUGAAAAAGAAUUGGAAGAUGCCACAAAUGCGGUUAAUGCAAUAACCUCUACAGGAGCCGUGAUAUUGUCUAUAAUCUUAACAGUUUUAUGUAAAUUUUUGUAAAUAUAAAACAAAAUUAACAAAAAACAUAAAAAGCGAACAUUUAACAUA